GAGGCGGCUUCCGGCCGAGGCGGUGCGGUUGCUGCAGAGGCGCUUUGGACGCCAGACCGCGUGUGUACCCGUGGGGGCGUGGCGGCAGGAAGGGCCAAGCUGCUGGCGCUCGCGGUCCCCAGGUGCCUGCCAGGGAGUUGGACUCUGCGGGCACGUGAGUUGGGGAGCGGAACGGCGGGGUCCGGCUCGCGGCUAAAGGACCUUCUCCUCGCUACAGGCCCUGCAAGUUCAAGCCCCGGAGGCCAUGGAUACCUCGACGCCUUUGCCUUCCGUAGCCCCCUCCCCAGCCUGCAACCCAGCCCCACGGACGAUCCAGAUCGAGUUUCCUCAGCACAGCUCGUUGCUGCUGGAGGCCCUGAACCGCCACAGGCUGGAGGGAAAGUUCUGUGAUGUCUCUCUCCUGGUGCAGGGCCGCGAACUGAGGGCCCACAAAGCAGUGUUGGCCGCCGCUUCUCCUUACUUCCACGACAAACUACUUCUGGGGGAUGCCCCGCGUCUCACCCUUCCCAGCGUUAUCGAAGCCGAUGCCUUCGAGGGGCUGCUCCAGCUCAUUUAUUCGGGGCACCUCCGUCUGCCCCUGGAUGCUCUCCCUGCGCACCUCCUUGUGGCCAGUGGCCUGCAGAUGUGGCAAGUGGUAGAUCAGUGCUCAGAGAUCCUUAGAGAACUGGAAAACGCAGGUGGUGGGAUUUCAUCCCGAGGAGCUACCCCUUUCCACACACUUCUUUCCACCACAGGAGGCUGGUGCAUCCACUCUUCCCCUUGCCAGACCCCGGCACAGUCUUAUGCUUCUACCCAGAGCCCGAUUGGAGGGGAGGGGAGUGAACUGGGAGAUAUGUUACAGCUUCAGGUUGAAGAGGAAGAGGAGGAAGAAGAUGAGGAGGACCAAGGGUCAGCAGCACCCUCUCAGACUCCUCAGUCUCAGAAAGGGUCAGGGAGUUUUCCUUGCCCUCCUGCAUCCCACCCCCUGCCCACAUCCACUACUCCUUGCAGGCUUCCAGAGGGCGAGAAUGCCCCACCUGAGUCUCCUGCUCCUCACACUGCAUUGCCCCCCAAAAUCUUCUACAUCAAGCAGGAACCCUUUGAGUCCAAGGAGGAGGUAGCAGGAGGCGGAAGUCAGUCUGUAGGAGUGAAGGAGGAGACCAAAGUGUUUCCAGGAGGGAACACUGAAGAGAAUGGAGAACUGGGGUUCCUACUGCCCUCAGGAGCAGGGACAGCAUCUGGAGGAGGUGGUCCAUCCUGGAAACCAGUGGAUCUUCAUGGGAAUGAAAUCCUGUCAUGGGGUGGGGGACCUGGGGGAGCAGGGCAGGCUGUGCACGGGCCUGUGAAGCUAGGUGGCGCACCCCCUGCAGAUGGAAAACGCUUUGGUUGUUUGUGUGGGAAACGCUUUGCAGUGAAGCCAAAGCGUGACCGGCACAUCAUGCUGACCUUCAGCCUUCGACCCUUUGGCUGUGGCAUCUGCAACAAGCGUUUCAAGCUGAAGCACCAUCUGACAGAGCAUAUGAAGACGCAUGCUGGAGCCCUACAUGCCUGUCCUCACUGUGGUCGCCGGUUCAGAGUCCAUGCCUGUUUCCUUCGCCAUCGGGACCUCUGCAAGGGUCAGGGCUGGGCCACUGCUCACUGGACUUACAAGUGAUUGCUGAGGCCAUAUGCUAACUUUCAGGACAAGGGAGCCACUGCUGCUGAUGGAUACUUAUUACCCCUCACUACCACAGUACCCUAAUCUUGUAUCUUGUUGGUGUUGGUGGUUUUUUCCUUGGCCAUACUUCGUAGCAUGCCACUAGGGGUUGAACCUGCACCCCUGCAGUGGACAGUGCAGAGUCCUAAGCACUGGACCAGCAGCAACGUCCCUGUAUCUUGUUCAUUAUUCCAGAAGGGUAGAUAUAUUAUGAAUCUCUUCUUGGGUGUGGGCCUCAACCUGACAGAUUUGAAAACUUGAUUUCUCAUCUCCAGGUUUUUGCUAACUAUCCUACAGGAAACUGGUUUACAGGCCGUAAACAUACUGAUCAGUUGCCUGUAAUAGAUCUUUUCAUACAGGAAACUGGAUUAAAUUUCAGAUUAGAAGUUUUAUUUGAUGAGAGAGGAGUUAGAGCAAGAAAAAUUAUGAUAAAUGUUUAAUUCAGUCUCUACGAGAAGUUAAGGGAGCUGGUCUCCAUUCAGAGUUCUAGUAAUCCCAGAGACUAAGCUCUAAGCUUUACUUUUCCCUCAUCGUUGCUGAAAUUUUAUGAGUAAAGGUCUUCUAUACUUUUCCUUUGUUAUGAUUUUCUGGAAACCCUUCAGUCUGUAAAUUACUUUCUCACCCGUAGGUACUUUUUCAACCCCUUUAUUUUGUAUGUUGUAGUUGAGCACUUUAACAAAUUGAGGAUUCCGUGAGUCACUUAGAACCCUCUUUAAUAGAGGUAUUCCCUCCACAGUCUGUGCCUCUUGUCUACCUUUGACCACCUCUGAUCACUAAUAUUGAUCACAGGGACUGAAAUGUGAUUAGUGAACUCAGGAGAUGGCCACUGACCUAAAAUGCUCUCAGGGUAGUGCCACUGCUCUGAACAAGUGGCUGAGGUUAGAGGGACUCAGGGCUGAGGUGGCACAUGCUGAAAACUAGAGAAAUAACUGCACAGUGGGACCAUACCUCCUCCCUUUCCAUCCUCACCCAUAUUACAGCCCCUUGGUCCACACAUAGGAGGGUAGAUGUUGGAAUGGGGAGAUUGUCGUAGUUUUAUUUCUUCAAAUAAACUUUGCCAUGAAAUCUAA